GCUCGAGGAGAAAGAGCAGCGCGCGAACACAGGCUGCAGUACGCGAGACUACACAACAUACCAUUCCCAGAUAAAUCCAAUCACUUGUAAACGGACGGGUCGAAGAUUCAGCACUGUAAUAGAGUUUCAAAAGAAGCAGUCUGAGUACAUUUAGGUUCGGUCUUGGUUGUAAAGACGGAGACUGUGACGCGAGGUGGAGUGUCCACACCAUCUGAGCUGCUGACGUCUGGUUCAAACGAGAGGAUUCACUCUCUGUUACAGUCUGAGCAGUGUGACUGACUAGUCGUGGAUGCCCCUGCAUGUUUGAAUGGUCACAGUGAGUGUGGAUCACAAGGCCCAGUUGCUUUGUCGUGGAGGGGAAGGAUUUCUGUGUAACACACCCUGCCAUGGACAAGAAGAGGAAUCGUAUGCUCUGUGGUGGAGCUAUGAUGAUGCUGUUGCUUGGUCACAUGGCCACUGCAUUAGAAGUGCCUCUAGACCCAAAAGUUCUGGAGGGAUUGCCACAGCCUCCCACAAUAAUUCAUCAGUCCCCCAAGGAUUACAUCAUCGACCCUCGGGAGAACAUCAUUAUCCACUGUGAGGCGAAAGGAAAGCCUCAUCCCAGCUUUUCAUGGACACGUAACGGCACUCACUUCGAUGUGGAGAAGGAUUCAAAGGUCACCGUGAAUCCCAAUUCAGGCACUUUGGUCAUUGACAUCAGUGGUGAGAAAGCAGAGGCAUACGAGGGCAUUUACCAGUGCAUCGCCCGCAACGAGCAUGGCUCUGCUGUGUCCAAUAACAUCUUCAUCCGUCAGUCGAGGUCCCCCUUGUGGUCGAAGGAGAAAAAUGAACCAAUCACAGUGCAGAGAGGCAUGUCUCUAGUACUGCAGUGCAGACCUCCGGCAGGCCUGCCUCCACCAAUCAUCUUCUGGAUGGAUAACAAUUUCCAGAGGCUUCCCCAAAACAGUCGUGUGUCCCAGGCUUUAAACGGAGACCUUUAUUUCUCCAACGUGCUCAUUGAUGACACCAGAAAUGACUACAUCUGCUACGCCCGCUUCCCACACACUCAGACGAUCCAACAGAAACAGCCCAUCACUGUCAAUGUGCUGGACAACAGCCCAUUUGGAGAGAGAGCACCCUCUUUCAUGCACCCUCCAGGGACACACAGUACAGCCACGGUCCUAAAAGGAGACACGCUGGAGCUGGAAUGCAUCGCCGAUGGCCUUCCGACACCAGAUGUCUCCUGGAGUAAGGUGAACGGGGAGCUGCCAAGCGGUCGUUUUUCAUUUCACAGUUUCCAGAAAACUCUGAAGAUAACGGAGGUAACAGAUAUGGAUGGUGGAGAUUACCGCUGUUUAGCCAAGAACCGGCUGGGGAGCAAUCAUCACGUCAUCACUGUUGUUGUCAAAGCGGCUCCGUUUUGGAUCAGCGCCCCUCGGAACCUCAUCCUGGCUCCAAAAGAAACUGGAAUGCUCACCUGCCGGGUGGAUGGAAACCCUAGACCCAAGGUCACCUGGUCUGUCAAUGGAGUGCCUAUCGAGAACUCACCCAAGGAUCCCAGUCGGAAAAUUGAAGAUGAUGUCAUCAUCCUCAGUGAUGUCCCGAUGGGAUCCAGCGCAGUUUACCAGUGCAACGCCUCUAAUGAAUAUGGUUACCUGCUGGCCAAUGCCUUUGUCAGCGUCCUGGCUGAACCUCCAAGGGUGCUGACUCCUCCAAACCAUGUGUACUCAAUCAUCACCAACAGUCGGGCAUUGCUAGACUGUGCUUCAUUUGGCUCUCCCCUUCCAAAGAUCACUUGGUUUAAGGACAGUCAAAGCAUACUGGAUGGUGACUCAUACAUCAUUCAUAAGAACGGUACCUUAGAGAUUAAUGUGGCUCAGCCACUAAACAGUGGUAAAUACACCUGCAUGGCCUCAAACAAUCUCGGCAACAAAGAGAAUCACGUAUACCUGGAGGUAAAAGAGCCUACACGGAUUCUAAAACAGCCAGAGUAUAAAGUGGUCCAGAGAAACAGCAUAGCUGUGUUUGAGUGUAAGGUCAAACACGACCCCACUCUUUUACCCACCAUGAUAUGGCUUAAAGACAACCGAGAACUUCCUGACGAUGUUCGAUUUGAGGUGGGCUCUGAUAGUCUGACUAUACAUGAUGUAACAGAAGAUGAUGAGGGGACCUACACCUGCAUCAGGAACACCACGCUGGACCAGGAUUCAGCCAGUGCUGCGCUUACAGUAGUCCAGGCAACACCAAUACCACCUGUAAUACUGGAGCAACCAGACAUGCCCACAGACCUGGAGCUGACGGACCAACGAGAGCGCAGCGUUCAGCUGACUUGGACCCCUGGAGACGAAAACAACAGCCCUAUUAAAUCAUUCCUUAUCCAAUAUGAAGAUUCGCUCCAUGAGCCUGGAAUCUGGGUCAAUAUGACUGAGGUUUCAGGAACCAGCACCACGGCCCAUCUGGAACUGUCUCCAUACAUGUAUUACUCAUUCAGAGUUCUGGCACUCAAUCAAGUGGGUCUGAGUGAACCCAGCGCGCCAUCCAGACAGUACCGAACCAACCCUUCACAGCCUGACAUGAAUCCAUCAAAUGUUGAAGCCAUUGGAACAUCACCUGACAGUAUGACCAUAACUUGGAAGGAGCUGACAGGGCUGGAGUCGAACGGUCCAGGUCUACAGUACAAGGUGAGCUGGAGACAGAAAGAUGUGGAUCAGGACUGGAAUUCACUCACUCUUGCCAAUGUCUCACAGUAUGUGGUGACAGGAACGGACACUUUUGUGCCCUAUGAAGUCACAGUACAGGCGAUCAAUGACUAUGGAUCGGGCCCCAGGCCUGAGGUGGUGUUGGGAUAUUCAGGAGAGGACUCUCCCAGUAUGGCCCCAGAAAACAUACAGGUUUCUGUUCAGAAUGGGACAGUAGCUGAAGUUCAUUGGGAUGCUGUUCCUCCUUCAGCAGUCCGAGGGCGACUAAAGGGGUACAAGGUGAGUUACUGGAAGUUGAGAAGUCUACACGAGCAAGAACCUGAGCCUGAGAAGCCACAGGUGCUCAUCUUCAGUAGCAAUGACACAGAGGGUCAUCUGCCCGACCUCCAUCCCUAUAGCCAGUACUCCCUCAAUAUUAGGGCCUUCAAUGGGAAGGGAGAUGGACCCACCAGCUCUGAUCAGCACUUUGUAACACCAGAAGGAGUUCCAGGGCCUCCUGCCGAUUUCAGAGUCAGAAAUCUGGAUCUGGACUCAUUGGUUUUAGAGUGGGCGCCACCUCUGGAAGAUAAUGGCCCCUUAACAGGUUACCUGCUCAAAUACCAGCCUAUUAAUACAACAGAUGAACUUGGGCCUCUCAAAGAGCUGUUACUACUUGCAAAUGAGACCAGCAUCACUCUUGACAGCCUCAAAUACAGCACACGCUACAAGUUCUAUUUGAACGCCAUGACAGUCAAGGGCUCGGGGCCCACCAUCACAGAAGAGGCUAUCACAGUUAUGGAUGAAGCUUUAAUUCGACAUCCCGCAGUAGAGGCGGGUAAAGGCUCAGCCCCCCCUCCACCACCACCAACCCCCCCUGUCACUCAAUCUUUGCAGCCCUCAUUGCACAAUGCGCCACCUGCUGGUAGGAUGUUUGGGAGCGUGAACUCCUCCGUGGAGGAGGACCAUGCUUUGAUAAGCUGGGAAUAUUCUGGUCCGGAUAGGAAUGUUUAUGUGGAAUAUGUUGUUGAUAACAGUAAAGAACCCUGGAAAACAGAGUUUGUAAAUGGCACUCGGACAUAUCAGAUUAGAGGACUAAAGCCGGGGAUGUCCUAUAGGGUUCGGGUGGUAGCCAAAGACCACUCCGGCGCAACGGUCCACAGUACAGAGGAGCUGUUGAUUACAGUUCCAGCCAUGACCAACAAGCAAGUUGACAUAGCCACACAGGGCUGGUUUAUAGGGCUGAUGUGUGCCAUUGCUUUACUGAUACUGGUACUCCUCAUCGUUUGCUUCAUUAAGAGGAACAAAGGAGGCAAAUACCCAGUAAAAGAGAAAGAAGAUGCCCACCAAGACCCAGAGAUCCAACCCAUGAAAGAGGACGAUGGGACAUUUGGGGAGUACAGUGACACUGAGGACCACAAGCCCCUCAAGGGCAGCCGGACCCCUUCCAAUGGCACAGUAAAGAAGGACGACAGUGAUGACAGCCUGGUCGAUUAUGGAGAAGGUGGAGAUGGACAGUUCAACGAGGACGGCUCCUUUAUCGGCCAGUACAGUGGAAAGAAGGAAAAGGACACAGCAGAGGGCAACGAGAGUUCGGAAGCUCCAUCCCCAGUCAACGCCAUGAACUCCUUUGUGUAACUGCCUGAAAAUGCUCCAUGACCUUUGACCCAUCCAAGACCCAGCCCCCUUUGUCACACCAUCAUAUGGAGAACAGGCUGUCUCUAUUGCACUGUGACUCCCUGACAUCACACAGGAAAUAGGCAUCAAGCAACAAACAAUGACCCUCAUUAGAAUGUAAGGAAUGUGGAGGAGAGAGAGAGAGAGAGAGAGAGAUGCAAAAUGUCAUACAUAUGCAAGAGUAUACGUAUACUGUAAGUACCAGAGGGCCAGUCCUUUACCUUUAGCUUUACCUUGAUUGGUCAAAUGAUAUAUAGGUGUAAUCACUGUAUUAUCUUUUGGCAAGCAUACAUAUAUAUCAAUAUAUGUGUAUAUGAAUAUAUACUGUAAAUUGACAUAUAUAAGAAAAUAUUUAAUUAACAUGGCCCCAUCACUGUCAGACAGCAUUGUAUCUCACCAUCUUGUCCACUGGACUUGCAUGGAAUCACUUAAUCUAAUCAUCACGCCCUCAGCGAAUCAACGUUAGCCAGCGUUGUGUAGACUGUGAAUCUUGUCCGAAUACGACGCUCACCUUUGCUUCAAAGCUAAUGCCUGUCGUGUUCUGUCGUCAGUGUUCAAAUCGGUAUUAUACACAUUUAAAGCACCAAUGUCUUUGUGGGCAUUGUUGUGAAGUAUGUGACUGUGUGUAAAAGCUAUUAGGCGUCUUUUUUGACAGACAGAAGCUCUAUGAAAAUACAAAAACCACAGUAGAAUUUCAAAACUGGAUAUCAGAGAUGAAAAGUAGCAUGUUUAUGACACAAAAGCACUCUUUGCAGACAAACUGUCACUCACACACACGGACAUGUUGUGUCCUUUUUCAGUUUUCUUGUGGUAAACAUUUUGAUAUAUUUAUUUAUUUACAACAGAUUUUUUUUUUUUUUUUUUUUGCUGUUUUAUCCCUGAAAAAAAAAAAAAAAAGACACUGAGAAACUUUAAAAAUGUUAAAAAACUUUAAUUCUCUCAUCAUUUACUUACCCUCAUGGGAUCCCAGAUGUGUAUGACUUUCUUUCUU